CUCCCCUGCAAUGGCUUGCUGAGACCCAGUAGGUACACAUGUAGUGCGACUCAGCAGUAUAUGGUGUGAGCGACAGCCUUGUACCCCUCCCCCAUCUAGGCUACCAUAAUGCGUUAGCGACACUUCCAUAUAACCCACAGCCGCCCCUCUCUAUCACCCAUAGGUUCACCACCGUAAUCUCACCAACCGUACUAUUACUAUUCAGCCAAAAUGGCACCCACAAUCCUCUUCGUCCCCGGUUUCUGGGAGGGCCCCAAAGUCUUCACCCCCGUAUGCGAUCUCCUGCGGGCUGAUGGCUUCACGACGGAAGUCUGCACAUUACCCAGCACGGGCACCACCUCGCCCGGGAACCCGACUAUGACCGAUGAUAUAGCCGCCGUGCGCGACCAUCUGACAAGUAUUUUGCAGCGCGGAGAAGGGGUUAUUCUCGUAUUGCACUCAGCUGGUGGAUUCCUCGGUAGCGCUGCCAUGGAAGGCCUGAGCAAGUCGGCUGUCGGACAGGGUGGAGUCGUCAAGAUUGUCUUCUUAGCUGGGGCGGUAUUUCCGGAAGGUCAUGAACACGAGGAUUUGCCAUUUGCUGUUGUCGAAGGAGGUGCGAUGUACUGCGUCAAUCCUGAGGUGCUUCUUCUCAACGAUGUCCCUGAGCCAGAGAAGACAAAGUGGCUAGCUAUGCUUGACCCCCAGCCGGCUGAUGGUUGGAAUGGCAAGGUGCCCUACGCUGGGUGGAAGGAUGUGCCCAGCGUGUACCUUGUAUGUGAGGGUGAUAAUGCUCUUCCAGCGGGCCUCCAAGAGCAACUAGCUAACCUGGCGGGGAGCCAGAUUGAGCGGUGCAGUGCUGGCCACAUGCCUCAGCUCAGUCAGCCGUCGCGGGUGGCAGAGGUUAUACGUGCUGCUGCGGCAACCAUUUGAUGGGAGCGAAAAUUAGAACAAAAGUGUGAUGGUGAAUACGAUAUAUCGAGCAAGAUUGAGGUGAUGAGGUACUGUAUAUCUGAAGCAUAGAGUGAUGUGGAA